UUGGCGGGACGGGCCUUGGCCGCGGCCGUCCCGUCGUGGCGUCGUCGUCUGUCGGCAGCAGCAGAAGACAACAACAUGGAGGUGCUGCGCUUCCUCGCCGCGCUCUCCAUCCUGCAGUGUGGCACAGCGGUGACCAAGGUGCUGGAGCUGAGCGACAGGUUUUUGGAGCUCCGGGGAGAGUCGACAUGGCUGGUCAUGUUUUAUGCUCCAUGGUGCGGCCAUUGCAAAAAGCUGGAGCCUAUCUGGAACCACGUGGCUCAUGCUCUGUAUGGCACCGAGAUCCGUGUUGGCCGAGUGGACUGCACUCGCUUCACUGCUGUGGCCACCGAAUUCGCUGUGAAGGGUUUCCCCACCAUCAUGUACAUUCAAGGGGACAGACGUCAUACAUUCCGGGGGGACCGCACCAAUGAAGACAUUGUAGGAUUUGCAGUAAGAAUGGCAGCACCGCCUGUUCAGCACCUGGCUAGUCAACAUGAUCUGAUAGGCCUCACUGAGCGACCUGGCCACCUCUUCUUCCUCUAUGCUGGCAUCCAGGAGGGGCCUUUGUGGGACUUGUACAAAGAAUAUGCAGAAAACAUGCGAGCCUUCCAUUACUUUUACAGCAUUGGGGCUGAUUGUAUGGUCGAGAAUUUUAAGCUUGAAUCCAAUCCAGCAGUGAUGGUCUUUAAGGAUAACAAGCACUUCUAUUAUCCAAUGCCAGAAGACUGGGAGGUAGCAGAGAACCACAGUGUGAUAAAUGAAACCCUGGGAGAGUGGCUCAACCAUGAACGAUUCCUAACCUACACCAAGAUUACCCAUGGUAUCCUUCCUCAACUCUGGAAGAUUAAGAAGUACCUGGCGAUCACAGUGGUCAAGGAGAACAAGAUUGGCAGCAUCACCACGGAUGAAGACACCCAGGACUAUGUUGAUGGCUACAAGUUCCGAGAUAUGGUGGAAGAAGUGAUCGUCAAUAACCGUGACAAAUACCACAAAUAUUUCCAGUUUGGGUGGACUGGGACUCCAGACUUGGCCAACAGCAUUGCCAUGGAGAGGCUGCCUCUGCCAUCUCUCUUAGUGGUGAAUGCCACCACCAUGCAGCACCAUCUGCCUGAAGAUCCACCCCACCACCUUACUCCACAGGCCAUCCAGAUAUUUCUUGACUCCAUAAUCGCCACCUCAGCUCCGGCUUAUGGGGGAGACUCGUGGCCAGUGAGAGUCUACCGGAUGUACUACAAUGCACGUACAUCCCUUGAGGACAUGUGGCAGGGGAACCCAGUAUUGACGGCAGUGCUCUUUGGCCUUCCACUUGGCUUCCUCUCUCUCAUCUGCUACUCCAUCUGGUGUUCAGAUAUCUUGGAUGCUGAUGAGGAUGAAGAGCAUCAUGAGAAGAAGGAAUGAUGGACCUGCAGGAAAAUCAGGAUUUCACUGUGGUACAGGAAGCCUGCUGGCUGUAGGUAUCUGGCUGAAAGGAAUGUAAGCAAGCAAGCAUGGUUUGGGUGUUACUGGUUGAAAGUGUAAAUGGGGGAAGUGCAAUUGUUAAAAGCAAGUGAGUUGUGUGCAGCACAUGUUUGUCAGUGGAUAUGUUAGAUGAGGGAUAUUUUCAUCACAAAUUAAUAAGAUGUUAGGUGUACCAUAUCCUCCCUAAUUGUGAAUGAUUUAAAUUACUAACUAUUUAUUGUAGUAUAAAGAUUCUCAUUUUAUUGUUUACAUGACAAGUAUGUAUGGUGUUAUAUAUACAGAUUGGGAUCACUACACAUAACAAGUAUUACAGUAAUUUGAGGUGUAUGAAUCCUUGUGGUAUGGGAAGAAGCCACAUAGCUGGUUACAGUAACUAACUCUAUAUGUUAACUAUUCCCUCACCUCAUGAUCACCAUGAUCAUAAUUAUCCCCUAGCAGUAGAUAGCGAGUGCUUAAGUUUAUGUCUGAAGAUUCAUCAUUCAUCUUCACACUAAUCACUCCAUGUCAAAGAGCUUGUAUUUUUUGCUGUUAUUAAGAUAAAGAAAAAUAUAUAAACUGGAUGGAAGUAAUGCUUAAUAGUUAAAACAAAUGUAUCCCACAUCUGUGCAACCAAAGAGAAAAGUAGUAUUUGCUUCACUGUAUAUAAUUUCUUGUAAUUGAGUGAAUGUGCAUGAAUGUAUGUAAGCAUGACAAGCUGUCACUAACACAUGGGAAAAAAUGGAUGACAAUUUCACCCUCUCUAUUUUAAAACCAUACUUCUCAUUACUUUGUUAGCAAGUGCCAACAAAUCAUGAGAAGCAGAUAAGCACACUACAACUUUGCCAACAAUCAUUUACACAUCAAAUGGAAUAGAAACAUAUAACCAUGAUAUUUCUGUAUUCAUGAGCAUUUUUCCAUUGUAUAUGAAAAUUUUUUGUGGCAAAUAAGUGAGGAUUUUAAAUUAUCUGAAGAGGAAGUUCUGGAAAGCUAGGGUCUCACAGCUAGAACAAAUUAUUUUAAAUCACCAAAAGCUGAAAUAGAACGAGUUUCUAAAGCUUGUAAUGCCAAUGAGACAUUUAUCUCAUCAGGUGUUGAUUAUGGAACUUAGAUAAAAUAAGGUACUUUUCUUAUGUUUACCAGUAUUCUAGAUUAAUAGCAUACUUUAUGUAAUGUUGAUAUUUAGUAUUUUUUCCCCAAUUUAUGGCUUUCAUUCCCAUGCACUCCCUAUUAAAUGUGACAUCAUCCUGUGGUGUGCUGGCUUUUCUUCACUUUACAGAGGAUAUAUUAAAAUGAAAGAAUGUGUGCAUGUACUGGUAUGUAUUUUCCUGUUGUAUCAUAAAGUAUAGUACCUCUUUGUGUUGUUGGGGCCAUGUAAUGUAUAUUGAGAAAUAACCAUAAUUUGCAAAAUGCAACUCAUGGUUUUGUGCACAGUAAAAGUCCUAUGUAUUGUGUUCUGCUGCUUCCUGCCAAAGCUGCUCAGUCAAGUUUACUUUUGUGCCAUCAUGUCUGAGCUGGGACACUUUCACUUAUUUAGUUUGUGUCAUUGAUGGGACUCAGCAGUUGAUUGUUCAAUUCCUAAUCAGUUUCUUAUAGCAUCAUGCUAUCUCAAUUAUUUACUUAAGGGGUGUGAGAAUAAUUUGAGAAGUGGUGCUAUGUUCCCCAUAGUGGUUUUCCACUGACUGGUACCAUGUGUAAUAACUGAUACAAGGAUCUACUUUGUAUGUCCAAAUAUAUUCCAAGGAAUAAAUGAGUAGGUAAUUUAUGACUUUUCAGUGAACAGUAUAUGAAGCAGAAGUAACCUUAAUUGUGGAUAUCAAAACAGUAAGUAACUAAACGUAUGUCCAAGCAAUAAUUUGGCAAUGUAUAUUCUCACAUUUUUCUUUGACUAGAUAUCCGAGCUCUUUUGUAGCUAAGAGUUUGUGGCACCUUUGAAAAAGAUAAACAUGCAUGCUUAUCAUGGAGGAAUGGGAAAGUAGCACCUGUGGUUGGCAGUGACUGAAUGAUUGAUUACCGGGAAAGUAGCACCUGUGGUUGGCAGUGACUGGAUGAUUGAUUACCAUUACCACUAGACUUGAUUUCAUAGUGUUGCUGUUCAAUUGGAAGUAUAGCAUUGUUAUUUUUACAACAUAAUGAAUAUUGCAACACUGGUUUUUGUUGGGCUAACUGAAAUGUUAAAGAAGGAUUUGUUGUUGUCUAAUCCUGUAUACAUAUAGAUUUGCAUGAUGAGGAUCUCCAUUAAAAUAAAGCAGAAUUAUUGCUAAAUUUACUAUACAAAUUACAUUUCUUUAUAAUAAAAAGAGCACCACCUAACUUGCAGCAGGAUCAUUAUGUAGUGGGUGGCCUGGCUCAAACUCGUGCCACUUCUGGUAGCCAACCUGGGAAAAAAAAAGCACUCAUUUUUAUCUAUGGUACUGAUGGCCAUCAAUAAGUGUUGCAGAACCCAAGAAGUUAUUUCAAUCCUUCACAGCUGACAAUUAUAAAACAAACAUGACUGCAGUCAUCCAACACUUGGCAAAAAAAAAAUGGAUGAUGAUAAACAGAAGCUCAAUGCUAUCAACCCUUCAACAACAGCCAUCAUCUAUUUAAUCAAAUCCUGUCUGCAUGGCAUACUGACUCAUGCUGGCAUCUCACACCCUACCUAGCUAUAUUUCACACCCUCUAGCAUGACUGUUAAACAACAUAUCAUUAUUUGGAUUUCACCAAUGCUCAGCAAGCUAAAACAAGUGUCGGCUACAUUAUGAAUAAACAAGAAAAAAUAGCAGCUUUAUUUUACAUUGCUUCAAGAACACUAUGAAAACUGGUUGUUGUUUAAGGGUUAAUAUUGUACUAUGAGAAGCUGUAAGUCACUAAUACCAAUAAGCUAGAAGGAAAUGUAAGUCACAAUGUAUGAAUGCUUUAGCAGAGUGGUAAGUUUUUCAAAGAGCUUUAAAAACAUGAUUUAUAUUGUAAUGAAAUGUGUGUCCUGAUAAAUACAGUAAUAUGAAGGAAAUAAACUCACCUUAUGUGUGAA